AUGAAGCAAAUAGCUAUCAUCAAUGUCAUCAUAGUCUGCCUAGGAAUUCUCAUCCGAAUCCUUCAUCGAGCCUACCUCACUCCUCUCCGCAAAAUCCCAGGACCAUGGUAUGCAAGACUCACCCAUCUUGUUCUCAAAUACCAUGUAGUUACCGGGCAUCGCAUGCAAUACAUCCAUUCUCUUCAUCUCGCCUAUGGACCCAUUGUACUCGUCGCUCCAACCGAAGUAAUGUGUUCUUCAAACUCCUCCUUCCGGACCAUUCAUCGCGUUUCGAAACCUUUUCGCAAAUCUCCCUGGUACCAAUUAUUCGUAACCAAACCUGCCAACGUCUUCAGCAUGAUUGAUCCAAAACUUCAUGCUUUCCGCCGCAGACUGCUCGCACAUUCUUUUAGUAAAAGUUAUUUGAGAACGAACUGGGAGAGUCACGUGAGGACGAAAGCAGAUAUGGCGAUUGGGAAAAUAAAGCGGGAUGCCUUGGAGGGAGAGGUGGAUAUCCUAAAGUUCUUCAUGUUCAUGGCAACGGAUGCUGUGGGGCAUCUCUGUUUUGGGGAGAGUUUUAAGACUUUGGAAAAUGAACGGAAAACCCAAUACAUCGAAGAUAUCCAACAGAUAUCCAAGUUCGGCGGCCUACAAGCCGAAUUCCCCACUGUCUUUGCUGUCCUAAAAUCCCUACACAUUCCUCUUCGCGGUCUUUCUCAAAAUCGCAUGUUACAAUACGCUUCGAUAGCAGUUCAAAAUGCGAAAUCAGAAAGCAACACCAAUCCUAGCAUCUUUCGCAAAGUUCUCGCCAAAAGCAAGACUGAUAACGCUGAGGGUCUUUUGACAGAUUUGGACGUCACGCAGGAGGCUACUGGUAUGAUUGUAGCGGGCACAGAUACUACUGCAACCACGUUAACCUUUCUAAUAUACAAUAUCUUGAAAGAUCCGCACUUGCAGAAGCGAUUGGAAGAAGAGGUAGAUGGUCUAAACGAAGAUUUCGAAUCGAAAGAUGUUGAGGAGCUGAAGCUACUAAACGCUGUUAUUGAUGAAGGACUGAGAUUAUAUGGAGCGGCGCCAGGAGCUCUGCCCAGGAUCGUGCCAAAGGAAGGAGCGCACCUAGAUGGAUAUUUCGUACCGGGAGACAUCACUGUUUGUACACAAGCAUACACCAUUCAUCGGGACCCCGAAAUCUUCCCAGAACCCGAGAGCUUCCAACCCGAACGCUGGCUCGCUUCCAAAACCGACCAUCUCAAAGCUGUAAGCCAUCCUUUCGGCGCCGGAACUCGCACGUGUCUGGGUAUCCAUCUGGCGCGAACGGAAAUGUGGCUAGCGCUCGCUUUAUUUUUCAGACAGUGUAAGGGAGCGCGCAUUGCGGCGAGUCAGAGUGAAGAUGGCAUGGAGAUGAAGAAUUUCUUCUCGAUCAGCCCCAAGGGCAAGAAAUGCAUGAUUACUUUGAGAGAGGGGUAUUGA